AUGUUCGAGUUGAGUGAUAGUGCCAUCGAACAUGGCUGGCAGGAUAUCGAAGGACUAUCUCCUUUGGUCAAAGUCUAUUGCUACAGUGGAAGGGACGAUUUCUGCCAGAUUAUCUCACUUGAGCAUGAUCGUCUCUAUGGUUCUUUCCGAGUUGGACGAGGGGCAAAAGCCCGGGCAAGUGGUGCAAGUUGGGAAGGACUUAAAGACCCUUCGAUCACGCUGCCACAGACAGAAGACACCCUUCAAUUCGGCUCGGCGCAAAAGCCAAUGCGCAUCCGCAAUUUACACCGCAGUCGUCUUGUAGGUGACUGUAAUCGUCGGAAUAUCCUUGGUGAGAGAGACAACACUAAGAGUAGGCCAGACGAAGACUAUACACCCGAGGAGGAAGACCUCAGCGAAUACCUUAUCUUCCUUAUUGAACCUACGGCUUUCGAGCACGACUUCAUCAAAUCGGAUCCUCCUGUUCGUACCAAUACAUUCUUCAAUCCGAAAACAAAAAUCCUUAUCGUCAAAAUGCUCGGCCCAGCGCACGAACAAGCCACAUUUGCUUUCGACAACAUGCUCAAAAUGGCCCUUCAGCCAAUGGGCAUGCAUAACGCAAUUCAAUCUUGGGGAGGUACAGAGAUGCUUGCCAGAGAUGGCACAAGGAAGCGGGCAGACGGGGGCUGGGGUCCACGAAGACCCCCCCGAACAGCUCCUAGGAGACCCACGGUUAUUUUGGAGGUCGCUAAUUCGGAGACUUACGCCAAGCUCCGCCGUGAUGCUCAGUACUGGAUAGAUCCAGAAAGACAGGAGGCAAAUGUAGCCAUCGGAGUUAAUCUCCAUACAAAAAGGCCCGAGAUCACGAUCGACCAGUGGGAAUGGAGCUCCCAAACCUCCCGUCCUACCAACAGGACUCACUUCAUUGUUAGUAGGAAAUCUGAUGGUGCAGUCUAUUUUGACCCCCAUCAUCCUCUACCUCAGCUCAUCAUCCCUUUUGAAUCUCUUUUUCGACGCUCCGCACAAAUCAACAGUGAACGUGAUAUAGUCAUUGAGACACAAGAACUCGUCGAGUUCGUAUCCCUGGUGUGGGAUGUGCAAUUCGAACAAGAUCAAGAAUGA